UUUGUUUAAUUAAUAUAACAACAUUCCAACCUUGUUCAGCUUUACCUAGUCCAAAUAUGGCAUUAUUCCACUAUUUGUAUCCGUUUGCAUCAGAUUCAAUAUGGGACUCUUAUUCUGAAGGCGAACUGCAAAUUCCAUUGUGGCUCAUCCUUAUUGUGGCUAACUUCACACCGGUGCUUUUCCGACGGGAUAAAACAAUCACCCGCAAGGUGUACUGUCUCAAACAGAAUACCGAGAAGAGCAACGGUCGGUAGUCGAACCACACUAGAACCGGAAAAAAAACCCAACUCAAAACCUGUCAGACCAUUGGACAAGUGAACUCGAACCAAAUCUGAGAGAAAACGGGACCUUUGUUUUUAGAAGCAGCAGGGAGCCGAACCGGAGGAAAGAUGAGUUUUCUGCCCUACUUCUCUGCUGAGACCUGGACACUCCUGGCCCUCCUCAUCACCCUCAUAGUGGUGUAUGGAUACUGGCCCUAUGGUGUAUUCACUAAGAUGGGGAUCCCUGGACCCAAACCCCUACCUUACUUUGGCACAAUGAUGGAGUAUAAAAAGGGUUUCACUAACUUUGACACAGAGUGCUUUCAGAAGUACGGGAGAAUCUGGGGGAUCUAUGAUGGGAGGCAGCCUGUUCUGUGUAUCAUGGACAAAAGCAUGAUCAAGACCAUCCUGAUUAAAGAGUGUUAUAGCAUCUUCACCAACCGCAGGAACUUCCGUCUGAACGGAGAGCUGUUUGAUAAUUAUUACAACUGUCCUCCAUGUUUUAGAACUUCCAUCUGA